GGGCGGCCCUCCACAAGUGCGCAGGCCCCCGCGAAGGAGCCUGGGAGUUGUAGUUCGGAGCGUUCUUACGGUGUAGCUCGUUCCCGGUGCCGGCGAAGGGCGAGCUUGUGUCGGAACCAGGGGGAGGAAUGUGAGCUCCCUCCCAGGAACGGGAGGAGGAUGGAGCUGGAGCCCGAGGACGGGAGCGGGAACAUCGCUCUCGCGGGAGGCCUGACCGCCAUAGGCCGCGGCCCUUUUCUCCGGGUUUCCGAUAAGCGAGUGUCCAGGAAUCAUGGUCUCCUGGAAGUUGUCAAUGAGAAGUUACGCAUCAAACCAUUACACACCAAUCCAUGCUUCUAUCGUUCAUCAAGUGGAGACCAGCUUCUGCCUCUGGCUAAGGAUAAAUGGCACUGGCUAAACCCAGGAGACUCUUUCUCUUUACUGCCAGACAAAUAUAUAUUCAAGGUCAUCUCCCCCAGCUUCGACCAGACCUUAAGAAACAGCGAUCUGUCAAGUUUUGAGGAUGAUGAGCAAUCUAAUUCUACAGGAAGCUCACGUAAGGAGAAAGGGGAUGUCAACGAAGGCCCAGAUAUACCUCAGGGUUACGCACAAAAACCCACUACAUCAUCUGAAAUAUUGACAGCAGACGACUAUUCCCGACAGCAAUCCUGCACAAUUGAACCAAAUGGCAUCUUGCAGAAUGUGUCAAAGAGUGAGCAACUGAAGAAUGGUCAAGCACCAUUGGACACUGUACAACGGAAAAGAAUCUUGCCAGCUUGGAUGCUGCAAGUUACUACAGAAAUACAAAAUCCUUCAACAGUCAGUAAAAGAGGAAAUGCAAUAGACCAAGGAAGAGGAAGAGGAAGAGGAAGAGGGAUGAAAACUCAGGUAACACAACCAGGAAGAAAAAGACAUGAGUCUGGGGAGAAUGUCAUAGAGAAUGAAGCAUCAGAUCAACCACAGGAGAAAAAAGGUAGGAGAAGGAAAACACAACCAAAUAAAGAUGAAGAACAAGAUAAGAACAGUGCCAAGAGGAACACUCUUGAAGCAAGUUCUGUUAACAUGACAAACUGCAUCAGUGGACCAUCCGGAUCUAAUUACAAAUUGACUAGCAGUGAUAGUGAUGAAGCCAAAAACCAACAUGGUUGUGACUCUUGGCAGCCCCAUGAGCUAAGAGACUGGGAAAUGAGUGACAAAGAGGAGGAGGAAGAAGUGGAACUGAUGAGCAGACAAGGUGAGCAGGAGACUGCACAGACGUUGGAGACUCCUCACACACAGGAUAAAAGCAGCUGUCCAGGUCUUGAUGAAGCAGAACCAGGAGAAGGUGUAAAGACUCUUCAAACUGUAGAACACAACAAGCCUCGGAGAGCUCCCUGCAUGUAUGGAAGUAAUUGUUACAGGAAAAAUCCAUUGCAUUUUCAAGAGUUGAGUCAUCCUGGCGAUACUGAUUAUGAGGAGCAAGCGGUUGAGGAGGAAGAUGUUGACAAACCAGAAUGUCCUUUUGGUACUGCUUGUUAUAGGAAGAAUCCACAACACAAGAAGGAGUACAAGCACACACUACCUCCAGGAAGUGAAUUAAGAAGACCAAAGAGAAAAGUGGCUCAAAAAGAUAAAAGUGGUCUGGAUGGUGAGAGUGAUGAUGAUGGUGAACCCAACCAGUAUGACCUGAAUGACAGUUUUAUUGAUGAUGAAGAGGAGGAUCUGGAGCCGACUGAUGAGGAUUCUGAUUGGGAGCCAAGUGCAGAGAGUGAUGAAGAUAUUGAAACACUAACAAAAGAAGCCAAUAGAUUUGUAAGAAAUUAAAAAUGAAACUUGUUUUUUGUACCUUUUUAAUUUGGAGCACUGAGAAAAUCUGUUUUCUUUCAGUUUGCACUAACACUGAUGUUUAUUGGCUUGCUUUAACUUUAUGUUCAGAAUCACAUGACUGCCCUCUUGUCAUGAAUUCAUAACUAGGUUUAAAUUAUCAUCUGUCAAAUUGGAAUGAUUGUUAAUCCAGGGAGUGAGUUCUGGCAAUGAAAUCUGAGCAUUUUCAAUGUCUGCUUUGAUGGAUAGUCAGGAGAAGGACAUACGGUUUUCAGAAUUUUGCUUGUUGCUAGACAAGCAUUAAGGAGUGAUAUUUCAGUUUCUUGAUACCAUUGCAGUAAUGAAAAUAAGAACAUAUUUCUGAGCUUUGCAGCUGUCUGAGCAAGCUACACUUGGUGGCACAAGAAUCCUCAGGUUUGGAAAACUUAAGUGCAAAGUCUGAUUUUUGACUUUCAUAUGAAGAGGACCAUAACAGCAAGUAAAGAAAGAGCCAAAACAAAAAGCAGCAGCGUUGGAGUUUAUUGUGCAGUUCAUGGCCACGUUGGUCAACUGAUUCAGGCAUGCCCACUGGAACUGAGUUCAACUACUCAGUAACGCUUUGCUUUGUAAUGAAGAGGCAGUGAAGAAUAUACGUUUUUUUGGCCAGAGUAAACCAUGUUUUUGGAUGCCUAAUGCCUGUCACUAUUCUGAAAGCACAGAUGUACCUCCUUCCAGCUGUCUGUCAUUUUGAGUUCAGAUAUAAAGCAAUAAAACAAGUUUUUAAAGAAAAAAUGUCUGUGACUGACGUCGAAGUUCUGAUUCGAUUGCAGAGAUGCCUGCAAAUUGCUGUGGUGUCAGUGGAAUUCCUGGAAUUGAAAGGGGUGUUCAGCUUUACAUGACUGAACUGCUUCAGAUGGGAGCAGUACACUCGUGCACCAAGGUAUCUGAUGCUAAUUUCAACUUCUGAUCUUGGCAGCCAUCCUUCCUCUGGCUGGUGUAGCUCUGACUACCUAACUGCCAAGGUGACACAGAAACGAACCUCUGUGGGCUCUCUGCAGUCUGCACUCGAUACAAGGGACCUUCGGCAGUCCCCCACCAGCAACAGAAUUUCUAUUGGUCACCAACUGGGUAUGCAUUUAUAACAGUACUGUUACUGAAGACAGGGCUGAUGCUAAUGAUGGUCCCGUAGAUUGAUGUGAUUUUAAAACUGAUGGAAAGGUAAAUACAAAUUGACUUGAGUGCUGGAAAAUCACUGUAAAUGCUGAGUUUCGCAUUGCAGUGGAUAGAACUGUGUAAAUUUAAAAAUGUUUCCACAUUCAAACUUCAUGAUGUAGUGAAUAUGCCAGUAAAGUACUACUUGCAGAGUCUUUCGCUGUCUGUCUCCCCAGUAAAUCUGUCCCUUUCUGUUAACUAAUGGAACUGCCCAUUUUCUUCUCUGUGAUGAGGCUGUUUAGUUGUGCCAAAGGAGGUAUGGUGGAAAAUCAAAGUGAAAAAUUGCCUAGGUAUGACAAGCUCAUGUUCCGUCAUUUAAAGGCAGUUUUGUUGAUCGUAGUUGAAUUUCUCUGUAAUAUGCACUGCUUUUAGAUAUACCAAAAAUAGGUUAAAAUCAUAACACCUUUUUGCCUUGGAGGUUGGAUGUAUAUUUGAAAUAAUUAUUUUUAUAAUGCAGAAGUUUGCUUAAAUGAAGCUGGCCUGGAAAAUAAUUAGUGUACAGAUUUGUCAAUACAGGUUGCAUUUAAUUUUUUUGGCAACAUGCAAAUGGGUACUGCUAAAGAAACACAUUUUACCACAGUGUUUCAUCUUGCAUUCGUCAGGGCAAUUUGCAAGAGAUGUCAGUCAUCAUUAAGGAAUCAACCAGUCAGACUCCACUUACCCACCAAUCUGAAUUCUCCUCUCAUACCGCCUGUGUUGUUUUUCCUGUUGAAUUGAUAUUCUCACCAAUUGUCCUGAUGAAUGCAAGUCAGAAAAACUUCAACAAAAUGUCUUUUUCAGCAAAGUACACGUUGUCUUGCUGGCUUGAGUCGCUGUAUUGGCUCACUUCAUAUUUUAAAUUUGAUAUAUGAGGAUGUGGUAGUUCAUUGGCAAUUUACUUUUAAGUACGUACUAUGCGUGUGAUUACUGUCUGUUAGUUUUCAAGUUAACCAUUCUGAGAGACACAAUAGCCACAACAACCGUCAGAGACACAAGUCAUUCAAAAUAUCUUCUGAAUUUCUCAUCAUACGUUAAUGUUCAGAAUAAGAAUUAAAAUGUUUUUUAAAUGGCUCAUUCCAUAACAAUGAUGAUGUUUGUCUCUUGUGUCUAAUAAUGCUUCCAUUUAAAGUCUUGGUCUCUUCCAAAGUAUAAAUUUGGAAUGAAUAUUUUUGCCAAGAACUCCUUCUCAAAUUUCUCACCUUGCCUUCGGAAGAACUCUGCUUACAGAAUAUUAUUCUCAGCUUGCAGCAUUUUCUAUUCAGCAACUUCAAAUUUUGAAAUGUGAGAAAUAUGCAGCCUGUUCAUUGAAAUAAAAUUUGUAUUUUUUUUUGUUUGUGGAGCAAAAGACUAAUGUUCUUUUUUUAAAAAAAAGUGUGGAAGAAUGACACUUGAAGUAGGCGCAGACCAUUCAGCCCCUCGGGCCUGCUUCGAUAUUCUGUGAAGAAGGCCUCAACUCCACAUUCGAGUCUGCCCCCAUGAUUCUUGUCUCCUUUAUCAAUCAAAAAUCUGUUGAACUUAACCUUAAAGAUUUGUAACUUCCCAAAGAGAUCGGAGACUGGGUAAGGGGAUUGCACAGACUAAUGCCUGCCGUAGAAAAGAAAUCUUUCUCUCCUUAAAACUCUGAGUAGUUAAUGAUCACCUGCUGCCACAUUGGAGCAGGAAGUCUGCACCAUUCAAUGUUGUCGAUGUCUGGAACUAAAGGUCGGAACCCACUUGGCCUUUGGGUGCAUCGGUGCUGUUGUUGGUUCUGCAGCCCCCUCCCUGAUCAGCCCUAUUGCUGUUGCUCUGAUCCCACCUCACUCAAUGACGCUUGGUCUGCAAUCUUGCUGUAAAUGAGUUUUGUUUUCAAUGAAACAAUUGAUGAAA